UUGUUUGUGGUUGGUUGGUUAGCCGCCAUUUUGCGUUGCGUUUAUCGUUUGCGUUGUUACAUUGUGGUUUUAACUUUAAGUUUUUAAACAUCUGUGAUAGCUUAGUUAAGUUAUCUAAUUUAAUUGUAAAAUCGUAUUUAUUUAUUUGAUUGUUAUUGUGUUUGUGUUGUUUUAAAGAUGGGAAGGAAAAAGAAGAAGGCAUCUAAACCUUGGUGCUGGUAUUGUAACAGGGAAUUCGACGAUGAAAAAAUUCUGAUUCAGCAUCAAAAGGCCAAGCACUUUAAAUGCCACAUAUGUCAUAAAAAGUUAUACACGGGCCCCGGACUGUCAAUUCACUGCAUGCAGGUACACAAAGAAGCCAUAGACAAAGUUCCAAAUUCAUUACCAAAUAGGUCUAAUAUAGAAAUAGAAAUAUAUGGUAUGGAAGGUAUACCACCAGAAGAUAUCAAGGAGCAUGAGAAGCAAAAAACAGGUGGUGGCAAAGGGUCCGACAGUGAUGAUGAUGAACCCGCCGCUAAGAAGAAACCUACUGCAGCAUUGCUGGGGGCAGGGCCUUCUUCAGUAAGUGCGGGCAUCCUGCCCACGCCUAUGGGUCAGAUGCCACAGGGCAUGUACCCCGGACAUGCAAUGUCUAUGAACCACAUGAUGCCUCACUUCAUGCAAGCACCUAGGAUGAUGAUGCCAGGAAUGAGGCCAUUAUUCCCCGCAGCGAGUGUGCCCACAUCCACUCCUAGCAAACCCACCUUCCCCGCUUACAGUAACGCCACGAUAAGCGCUCCGCCGACCACGUCGACAUCGGCGGCGGGCUCGGAGCCUAAGGAAAAUGGGGAGGUGAAGGUCCCCGCCGCCAACGCCUGCCCCCUGGUCACCGCCACCGGCGCCGGCUCCAAGAUCGUGCACCCCCCAGAGGACGUAUCCCUCGAGGAGAUCCGGGCGAGGCACGCUAAGUACCGCCCUAAACCCAAGCCGGACGCCCCACAGACCAUUGCCACCUCCGUCGCCAACAUCAUGUCCGCCAGCACCAGCCAGGCCGAGUGGUGCCAGGUGGCGGCGCACAUGUCUGCGGCGGUGGCGGCGGCGCGCCAGCAGGCGGCGCUGCGGCGACCGGUCAUGCAGCAGGUGGUGGGCGUGCUGCCGCAGCAGCUGCAGCUGCAACAGCUGCCCCAGCUGCAGCAGCUACCUCAACAGCUGCAACUCCAGCAGCUGCAGCAGCUGCCGCGCGUCGGCGUGCCCGUGUCGAUGCCGCCCGUGAUGCUGCCAAUGAUGCCGCAGUUCAACAUCAUGCGCCCCAUCCAGCCCGGCAUGCUGGUGCCGGGCGGGAUGAUGCCGAUGGGUAUGUUCGGCGGCGUGCCGGGCCUGCUGCCGCGCUACCGGUAGCCGCCGCCGCCGCCGCAGCCGACAGGUACCCCCGACACAUACAUAACGCGGUGACGGGACACUAACCGGCCCCAGGUAAGACGAGGACGCGGACUCCGGUACGGCCAGCUCGCCGCCGCCGGACGCGCCGCGCGGCGUCCGCCGUCUCGAUGUAAAUAGUCGCGUGCUAGUGUAGGCGGCGCGGGGUGG